AGACGUGAUUUGUCAGACGCGAAGGAGUGACUCAUCUCACUAUUAGACGAUCUUUGGUUUGGAGUGUUGUGGUCAGUGACUCAACAGCGGUGUUUCUGACAGGAUUUGACUUAUUUGCUGCUUAUUUCUUCCUGAUUUAACUGUCUGUCCGUGGAGCAGCUGCUCGACCGGAGCCACCAUGGUACCAAGAAAGAUGAACAAAGUGUUUGUCAUCGGUGUUGGGAUGACAAAGUUUGACAAACCUGGAGCCCGGGACAACUAUGACUAUCCCGACAUGGCCAAGGAAGCAGGUCAGAAGGCAUUAGCAGAUGCUGGAAUCCCCUAUUCUGCUGUUGAGCAAGCAUGUGUUGGAUAUGUUUAUGGGGACUCCACCUGUGGGCAGAGAGCCAUUUACCACAGCUUGGGUCUGACUGGAAUCCCAAUCAUCAACGUCAACAACAACUGCUCCACCGGUUCCACCGCUCUCUUCAUGGCGCGACAGCUUGUCCGGGGUGGUCUAGCUGAUUGUGUGCUUGCCCUUGGAUUUGAAAAAAUGGAGAGGGGCUCUUUGUCUUCAAAGUUCCUGGAUAGGACCAAUCCUAUGGAUAAGCACAUGGAGGUGAUGAUCAACCGCUAUGGGAUGGUGGCAGCUCCUCCAGCCCCUCAGAUGUUUGGCAACGCUGGGAGGGAACAUAUGGAGAAAUAUGGCACUAAACCAGAACACUUUGCCAAAAUCGCAUGGAAGAACCACAAGCAUUCAACCAACAACCCGUAUUCCCAGUUUCAGGAUGAGUACAGUUUGGAGCAGGUGCAAAACUCCAGGAAGGUGUUUGAAUAUCUAACCCUGCUGCAGUGUUGUCCUACAUCAGAUGGUGCUGGAGCUGCAGUUUUGGCCAGUGAAGCUUUUGUCAAAAAUCACCAUUUGGAAAACCAGGCUGUUGAGAUUGUGGCCCAAGAAAUGGUGACAGAUCUGUCCUCCACGUUUGAUGAAAACAGCUGCAUUAAAAUGGUGGGAUUCGAUAUGUCUCGGUCAGCUGCUAAAAAGUGCUUUGAGGCUGCAGGUCUAACACCCAUGGAUGUGGAUGUGGUGGAACUGCAUGACUGCUUCUCAGCCAAUGAACUCAUCACAUAUGAGGCCCUGGGGCUGUGUCCUGAGGGAAAAGCUGGUGAGCUGAUUGACAGAGGAGACAACACAUAUGGAGGCAAGUUUGUGGUCAACCCCAGUGGUGGUCUCAUCUCUAAAGGACAUCCUCUGGGUGCUACAGGUCUGGCCCAGUGUGCUGAGCUGUGCUGGCAGCUCAGAGGAGAAGCUGGAAAACGACAGGUUCCAGGUGCUAAAGUGGCCUUACAACACAACAUUGGCUUAGGAGGAGCCGUGGUUGUUACUCUGUACAGGAUGGGAUUCCCUCGUGAAACUAGAGCCCCUGUUGCUGCAAUACCCACCAGCUCAGGAAACAGUCUGGAAGGCUUUAAAGCGUACCCGGUCUUCAAAGAGAUUGAGAAACAUUUACAGGAGGAAGGGGAGCAGCUGGUCAAGAAGGUCGGUGGAGUGUUUGCAUUCAAAGUGAAGGACGGACCAGAGGGCCAAGAGGCGACUUGGGUUGUGGAUGUGAAAAAUGGCAAAGGCACUGUCAGCAAUGACCCUGGUAUAAAGGCAGACUGCACAUUAACAGCGAGUGACGCAGAUCUUCUGGAUUUGAUGACGGGAAAGUUGAACGCACAAAUGGCGUUCUUCAAAGGGAAGCUGAAGAUCACAGGGAACAUGGGCAUGGCUAUGAAGCUGCAGAACCUCCAGAUUGCACCUGGAAAAGCCAAGCUGUGACGGCCUCACAUCCAUGGAUUAAUGGCAGAUUUAUGCCCUGCCCACAAUAACACACAUACCUCUCUAAAUAGAUGAUUUCUUGGCAUGUUUUUUUUUUUUUUCUUUUAGAAAAAUUCUAUCCAUGCAACCUUGGUUCUAUAUAAUAUCUCACAAACUGGUACAAAUGCUCUGAUUCUGUAAACUUCAAACUGUAGACAUUAUGAAUAAUACUGAAUAGAGCACAUGUAGAGGCUUUAAUCUGUCAUGAAGGUAAAGCAGCAACAAGUGGAGUUAUAAACUGAAGUUAGUUUAAGUCCAUCCGGUCUGUCUCAAAGGUGUCUGUGUUGACCAUCUACUGCAGGUCAUACACCGAUUUACACACCUGGAUUUAAGGAUUCAGGUGCAGCUUCAUCACACAAAGUAAUAAUAGACAUGAGUAAAAUGGGAUGUGACGCCAUAGUUUUUCAGUCUCUACAUUUUCUCUGCCCACAUGGAUGCUCACAAACUGAAGUUUUAAACAUUUUCUACAAAUCUGUUUUAGCAAAUAGGGCUGGGAAUAUCAGGGUACUUCACGUUACGAUAUACAUGGCUCACAAUAACCAUAAUAUCUCAAUAUGGUGAUACUGCGAUUAUCGAUAUAUUGCUCUGAAUAACCUACAAUAUAUCCGUGUGUUUCUAGAGGCGUAUACGUGAGGGGUGCGUUCUGUAACUGCUGUAACUACCGUAACUGGCAUAAACCCAAAGUGAAUCUUAACAUGCUUUGAACUUCCGACUUCUGGCUUCUAUGCCUCUGUUGUGCCGGAGCUUACACAAAAUUUUCACGACUUCUCACCAAGGUUAUUAUCGUUAACAAAAUAACGAAA